GACACAAAAUCAAGAACCCAAUCAGAGUCAGUGCAGAAUCCAAGAUCAAGACCAACCAUCAGUGCAGACCGGCCCUGCCAAAACCACACAGCAGAAAACGAGAUUCAUCAGACCAGGCUACGUUUCUCCAGUCUUCAGCUGUUCCCGCUGCGGCUUUAGCUUUUUGUUCUUGGCUGACAGAAGAGGAACCUGAUGUGAAGAAGAACCCAUCUGCCUCGAAUUUUGAUGUGUUGUGCAUUCUGAGAUGCUUUUCUGCUCACCACAAUUGUACAGAGUGGAUAUCUGAGUCACUGUAGACUUUCUGUCAGCUCCAACCAGUCUGGACGUUCUCCAUCAGCAAGGCAUUUCUGUCUGCAGAACUUCCGCUCACUGGAUGUCUUUCCUUUAUUGCACCACAUCUGCAUGACUUUAUGCAUUAUGCUGCUGCUGCAUCAUUGGUUGAUUAGAUAAUUACAUGAAUGGGGCCCUGAAACGAUGGACAUGGACACUGUAGAGCCUGAACCUACAUCAUCCAGCAGUGGAAAUCAAGCACCAUCACCUGACACCACUGCCAUUACUACACAACCUGGCAGGAGUCACACCCAACAUCUUCACCAAACUCCUCCUGGACACAACCUGUAUCAGGAGAUUUCUUCAUCACAGUUUGUGAAUCUUUCUAAAGAAACUGAGGGACAACAGCAAGACCAGAUGAUCUCACUAAAACUUAGUGAUUCUGCUACAGCUGAGGAAAUGCUGAAAAGAACUACAAAUACAGGAGAUCCUUCAGAAGAACAGGAACUAGAACUGUAUAGAUCAGCUGAAGAAGUACAGAAUCCUGCUGCUGCUGCAGAUGUUACAGAGACGUCCUCAUCAGCGUAUAAGAGUUCCGAUACAGCACACAAGAAACGUCAAGUAAACCUUCUGACGGCAAAUUCUGUUAAUCAGAAGGAUACAACAAAUCAUGAUGAGCCAAAACCCUCAGCACCUCCAGAUGUUGCAAAGGUUUAUGUGAAAGUGGACUGGCCAGAGGAAUUACCUGAGAGAUGGAAAAAUCACCUGCAAAGAGCUCUUCAGACCUGGUGUUCUCAGCUGACUUCUAAUGGAAAAGAGAAAUGCAGUGUUAAUGUAGUUCAGCUUUUAGGUGAUGAACGCACUGCAGAGGUGGAAAUAACGCCAUCAGCUGCUUUGAAGAAUAUAAAAACUGGCAAAUUAACAUUCAAGCAGCUUGAUAAACAUGCCAUAGUACACUUCCAGGACCAUGAGCCACCGUCUGUGGAUAUAGAUUCCAGUUCAAAGAUGAACAAGGAUGUGACUGAUGCAGAAAAAAAUCUAACUGAGUCUUUAAAGGAUGGAAGAGCAGCUUCCCAUUCCCCAGAAAACACUGACAAGCCAGGAGCUUCACACACUCUUACUGUCCCUCCCUUUCUGUUCUGGUACCUGAGUCAAGCUUACAGGAAGGAGCUGGAACUAAUUGAGAAUGAGUCUGGAGUUAAAAUACAUGCAGAAACUUCAGUCUCAUUCUCUGCUGAGAAAGCUAAUGAGAAGCGUGAGAGUGAUUCUGUGAGCAGAGCUACUCAGGCCUUUACUGCUCUUGUCCAGAAUACUAUAAAGAAUUUCAAAUCUGUUUCUGUCCCUCAAACACACAUGGAGUCUGACAUUAUGAAAGAGACACUGCGUAUUAUUCCAAAUGAACAGCACAAGAUCAUGUUAAGCAUGUCAGCAAAUAACUACCUGCUGUCUGGACCAGAAGAAAUUACAUCAAUGGUUGAGAAACGGUUAAAUUUGGAACCAACAUCAUUCAGCUACAACAAGUCACACAACAUGGAGACUGACACCAAGCAGUGGGGGACAUCAGGAAAUUGGAAUUCAACACAGACCUCUCAGACCUUGGACAUGGACAUCAGAGACACUCAAGCUCCAGUUGAGAUGGAUGAGGCACACUGGAAACUGAUGAUGUUUGUGUUUGAGAAGCAGCUUUGUGAGAUCGAAAAGAAAUACGGAGUCCGGUUUGAUGUUGAAUCUGUCCAAGGCUCGAUUAAGGUAUCAGCACAGUCCAGAGGAACUCAUCAGGUCAAUCUCGAAGCUCACGCCCUCAGAGCCUUAACUCAUCUAUACCAAAAGGUAGUUACAUCAGCAGUCACCUGUGAUCUUAAAGAUUCUUCCUACACUGAGAAGGUGUCCCAGGCAUUUAAGAGAAUUUGCUCUCGACACAGCUGUGUUGGUAGAGGAGAUAGAAACGGAAGCUGGAAACUUUUUGGACUGCCAAAGCAUCUCGUUCCUGCUAUAGCUGACAUUGAGAAGAUUAUUGGACAUCCAGUAUUUGAUGACAAGACGAAGCAAAUGCUCGGCUAUGCGUGGGAUUUUCCACAGGCAAGUGGAUUUCAGAGGGGACAGAUGGGGAUGGAUGUGAUGAGAGGGGCACAUGGUACUGACUGGAAAGAUGGACCAGAAGCACAGAGUUUUAAUCAAGAUUCUUCCAAAGAAGGAAAAGAAGAUGCUAAAAAGAAAGGAAAUGAUAAAAGUGAAGAAGAUAAAUGUCCCAUUUGCCUGGAUACAUUUACUCAAAAGACAAAAUUGAAAUGUGGUCAUGAGUUCUGCAAAGAGUGUCUGGAGUAUUCAAUAAAGAGUGGUGGAAAAAUCUGCCCUGUUUGUAAAAAAAUCUUUGGAACUUUAAAAGGAAACCAGCCUGAUGGAACAAUGGAGGUCCAUUAUCGCAAGUAUAGCCUCUCUGGCUUUCAUGGAUAUGGCACGAUUGAAAUUUCAUACAGAAUACCAGGUGGCACUCAGACGAAGGAACAUCCAAACCCUGGAAAACGUUACCAUGGGACUCAACGCACUGCGUACUUACCGGACAACAAUGAAGGAAAUUAUGUGCUCAAGCUGCUGAGAAGGGCUUUUGAUCAGAAGCUCAUCUUCACUGUUGGAACCUCCAGAACAACUGGAGUAGAUGAUGCAGUUACCUGGAAUGACAUUCAUCACAAGACGAGUAUACACGGUGGGCCAGAAAGUUUUGGUUAUCCAGACCAUGACUACUUAAACAGGGUGAAAGAAGAGCUUAAGGCCAAAGGCAUUGAGUAACGUUUAAAAAUACAGAAUUGUGAAUUCACACUUUAAUCAUACAUCGAAAACUUUAAAAGGGGUUGUUUUUUAAAAAAAAACCCAGAAAGACAUUAUAACUGGCUCACAAAGAAUAUUAAAAUGAAUAUUACUUUUAACUACAUGUAACAUGCCUAUUGCAGAUUCCUAUUAAGGUUUUGAUUAUCCUGAAUAUUAGGGUUGGUGUGGGGUGUUUUUAUUUAUUCACAGGUUGUAUUAAUUUCUCAUUUCCUUUCAAUUAUGCUUUCUGAGGUCUGCUAUUUUAUGGUAUGAAAAUGGCAGAAAUGCAAAUGUAAAAUGAAGUUUAACAGUGAGCAUAUAAUUUCUCAUUUUUAUAUAAAUAGUAGAUUUUGGUUAGCAGCUUCAAAUUGCCUGUGUGAUAUUAGAUGCUGUAAUGGUGUUUGUCAAAACAAAUUAAAAUAAAAUUAGGUCAUACAAAGUUCAUGAAAA